UGGGAACAUUAAAACACCGAAAUACGUGAGACUUAAUUGUUUUAGCGAAAGUUAGUAAUGAAAACACUGAAGUUACCCGACAGGCAAAUAACUGUGCUUUUACAUCAACAACAAAGGUUGUAUGUUUAUUCGGAAGACACACGUCAACACAUAUUUUCAUUUGUGGAAACUGUUUCCGAUUUUACCCUUGAAGCUGCUCCCAAUUGCUGCCACUGGCUUUUAUGGGUUGUCUCAAUCUCGGGUCACCUCUACAGAAUCUUUGAACAAACCAUUUCCAAGUCCGUUGCAGAAACGUCUGCAGUUGAAGAAGCAAAUGAGUCCAUUUUUGAUGCUUUGUUACCAAAACCUUCAGACUUCAACUUCCAACAAAAUACAGAACCAACUUCCUUUAUUCGACCACAGGAUUCUCUUUUACAACUGGUUCCUGAUUCCACUGCUUUGUGUGUUUUCAUUGAUCUCAUUAUUGUCUCUUCCAUUACUAACGAUGUCUGCACUGUAAAUGUCUACCAAAAAGAAGAUCUAGCCUCCGCUUCUCAAAGACAGGCCCCUGCUGCUCCCAUUGUGCCCUGCCUAACUAAAUCUAUCCCUCUACAGAUUUAUGACAGUCAGUCGUGUGACAAACACAUGAAUCUUUAUCUAGUCACUUCUUCUUCCAGUUCUUCAGUUCGCUGCUCUCAAACCAUCCAACUUCCAUUGUUAGUCUUCACUUCCUUAUUUGGUGCUGAAGCUAGUCUCUUACAUUCAGCUGUGAUAUUACUAACCAUGCCUUCUGGGUUUGUUUACCAUUUUUCUCUUAAACAGUGGAAGCCCCAACAAAAUUCCAUGGGUUGCCCCUUGUCUGUCCUUUGUAACCUCAAUGCUCCCAUCAUCAAAGUAUGUCUUAUUUAUCUCCAGAGACAAUCUACUAGUGACCUGCCAACUGAAACAAUGCCUAAUUCCCAAUCGCCUGCAGCACCAACAAGUGUUGCCCAGAAUCUUCCGUGCCUAUUCCUGGCUGCUCAAAAUGGCAAAUGUUUUCUAUUUUCUCCACCAAGUAACUUCAAAAAUCGGCUCAAAGUUCUUGAGACAAUUCAUUUAGAAGACUCUCCAAUAUCAGAUUGUUGUCUGGGAGUUGAACCCUAUCAAUUAGUUUAUGCUACUAGGAAAAAGGUCAUCCAACUUGACCUUAAUUAUAACGAAGGAAUCAGCCAAACCACCAAACACGUUGCAUCCUUGUCUGCCAUUUCUACCUUAGCAGUUCUUCAGCUAAAAGAUGACCACAAAUUGUUGUGUCUAUCCAACCAUGGCCAGUCCUAUAGCCUGUCUGUAUCCAAAGAGGGAUUCAACAUGAACGCAAAACUCAAACAAGAAGAAAACUCUGUUUCUCAGCUGCUUUCUCAAGUGGAAAAUGUCAAUAAGAAUAUUAAAAGAGCUUCAGAGAUUCUGGAAGCUCAAUCCCAUGUAAUUUCUCAGUUAGUAACUGGCACUCACCUGACACGGGACCAGUUUGUGUCCAGCAAUGUCCAGUGUAAACUGACCGUCUUUAAAGACAUCUACGGACAGACAAUCCUCCGAUGUGCGGUCACUAACAGAAAACUGACCUUCACACCUGACUGGUCGUUUCUCAUGGAAGCUGUUCCAUCUCGAAAAUACCAAAAAAAUAAUCAUACGACUUGCCAGACAUUAGUUAAAACCUUAUCUCUUGCCAAUGGUUUAAAACCUGAAGAAUCUGCUCUGAUUGACAUUAUUCUAAACAUCAUGGCACCAUCAGAUACAAGAAUUCAUGUUUCUGUUUGGCUUGUCUUUAACUUACCAUUUUGUAAAUUUUAUCUAGAUUCUCCAAAUGACAUUUCUAGAUAUUUAGAAACCCAGCUCUCAAAGGGAAUGGCUAUUCCUGUCUUUAAAGGAAACACUGAUUUCUUAUCAUUUGUUUUACCUUUGGAAAGGAAAGAAUCCAAAAUCCAUUCUAUUUCAAGUGUUAAAUCUCCUUCUUUAACUAAAAAAGUACAAAAAAUUGCCUGUGACAAACCCAUAUAUGCAACUUUCUCUGACCCCCAAAAGGACCUUGUUCUGGAAUCGGAACAGUUGUUCACUCAUGCAAUUGAUAUUCCUGCUUCUCUUAAGAAUUCCUUUUUUGACCACAGCUGUACAGAUUCCACUCAUCAAUCCUGUCUUCUCAAAGAUUUACUGACCAAGAUGGAGGUGGUGUCAUGUGGUGUGACAGACUCCUCGGUGACGCUCAGCUCAACUGAUUGUGGUCAGCUUAUUAUUGCUGUCCAUCAGCAGGAUGAUGUUAAAUACAUCCUAGAGAUCCAAGCCUCCAGCCAAGGGGUCGUAGCUGAAACUGUCCAUGCCAUCUUACUUCGACUUAUGAAAUUGCUGUCUGCUAAGCCAACUGUGACAUUGGACUGUUCCAAGUUUGGUCAAGAGAUGGAGAUAAUAACAGAAGAAGUGAAAUCAAUCCAGGAAGAUCUGAACUCUACAGAAAUGGUCAACAGUAAAAUCAUGACCAGAGUUUUAUUGACGUAUCUAAAGUCAAGGAACCUUGAUUUCAUCAUAACAUCAGAUUUGUAUUCUUGACACAAACUUAUUUAUUUACACUUUUUGUUUUUUUUUUUUUCCUGUUGUAGUUUUGCAUUUAAUUUCACAUAUUUAUAUUUUACAUCAAAUCUUUUUUUUUUUCCCCCAAUUAUUGUGUUUGUUUUUGGAUGUUUUUCCUAAAUGCUAACUUUUCCAGUCUUGAAGUGAUUAUGAAGUCAGGGGUGAAGGUCAUUCUCAGUAAGAAUAAACUGGAACAAGCAAAGUUAUGUACCGCCUUCUUCUUAAGAUUAAACAAUGUCUUGAAGAAAUAUUUCACUUGAUGACCAAGAGUUUAGCUGUUUAGCCUCUCCACCCUCAUGCUGUUUCUCUCUCUCAUUCCCUUUCUCAUUUGUGUCUGUGUUAUAAAGAUGUCUGAAAACAAAUGUCACAGCCAUGAAAAAAAUAAACGGCACCACCACGGAAUUAGCUGUCGGGAGGAAAGUAAAAAAAGUGUGACGUCACUCAUCCACCUUCAUUUGUUUCCAUAGAAUUUAUCAAAUUAGAAAACCCAAAUUUAAUAUAUUUUCUGAAAUUGCAAAUUAUUUAAAAUAUAAAAAUAUAAUUUUCAACAGAGAGAAUUUAUCAAAAUAUAAAACAAAUGAAGUUUGAAGUUAAGUCUAAAAAUAAAUGUGAUACUUAUGCUCUGUAGAUACUUAUGCUCUGUAAUGUUUCACAUGCAUGCAUAUUGAUGUCGAAUUUGUUCCAAUAACUUUCCGAAUAUUUCGUCCUUAAAUUCAUAACACCACAUGAAUUCAAUGAGAUGGGAUUGAAGUAAAUUUCGGGCGGUUCCAUUUUCUCUUUUGUUGCAAUUCUUCACAUGCUUCCAUAAACAUUCUAUGUGGUUGGUUGUGGCAAAUGUUACCGGAUCAACAAAAUUUAUGGAAUGAUUUUUCUACUUUCACUUCUGACAGCUAAUACCAUGACAGUGCCUAAAUAGGUAAUAUAUUUGAAUGUUGUUUCUGUUGCUAAAAUCUCCAACCAGCUGAGAGUAGUGGAAAAGUAAAAGACUUUGUUGUCCAGGGUAUAAAUGGGUUUCUAAGGUUGUGUGUGUUUGAAAAGAAGCAGUGUGUAUAAAGUUCCCCAUUUUCAAGUGGCCUUCUCUUCGUUCAUUGCAUUUUGUCACCUUUUUUGGGGUUUUAAUUUUUAUUCCCUUCAUAUUACAGGGGAAACUCUAACAGCAAUACUUGGAAACAUAGGUAAAUCCGUCCGAAGGGCGUAAUUCUUGUAGAAAGAACUGCAGCACUCGCAGACAUGUGUAAAAUCCUUUAGAAGACCUCAAUCUCAGCAAAUAGGCUGCCGUGAAAACAAUAACGAAAUACUUUUGUAUGUGGAAAAUGAACGGAGAUGUUACUCAUCGCAUUUUUCUUUUCAUCUGUUUUACUUCCCGGCGGAACAUAAGUGCAAUUUUUUCCUUGGGAAGCAAGCUGCUUUAUUUCUUUUAAAUUGCCAUAAAGGCAUUACACAGAGGGGACACUACAACACAUGUGGGGACAUUUAACAAUAAAAAUUAAAAUAUGAUGGAUGCUAUGAAUGACACAUGAAAAUGGACAUGAAAAACAUUAAAAUCAAAAUAUUUAAAUAAUGAUACAUGAAUGAUAACUUGAGAAUAUGAGAAUAUGAGAAGUGUGUCACUCACCCCACUCUGAGUAACACCACUCACCACCUCUGAGUCCUGAGUCCUCUCUAGUCUUUAAUCUAGUCUUUCCUUUUUCUCCAUCGCUGAGUGACAACACUCUCUCCUCCAUAUACACAUAACCUUUUUCACCGGGAGAGGAGUCUUUUAUAUUUUGUGGUGUUUGUUCUUUCUUC